UCUCAUGAACUUGUGCAAGUUCGUUAAAUCGUUAUUUGAAUUAUAAAAAUGUAAUUCGUAAAAUAAAGUACUCGAUAUAAGAAAUACUCAAUAAUCAAAUUCUACAGUAUUAUAUCAAAAUUAUAUUCAACAAAAUAUACAAUAAUAAAAAUGUUAUUGUACAUUUACAGUGAAUUCAUUGUUUAAAAGUGACAGUUGUGAUUAAAAUAAAUGUCAAAAAUGAGUAGGGUUGGGUCUGGUGCUAGUGCUUUGCCCUGCAAUGCACCCGGGGCUGUUAAACCGGUGCCGAUGAAGUUGUUUGCAACAUGGGAAGUUGAUCGUACUCCUUCAAAUUGUAUUCCAAGAUUAUGCGCAUUAACAUUAACCAGAAUCAUUAUUCUAAAGCCGUUGGGCACAGAUUUAGCAUCGAUCUCCAUUGCUGUGAAAAUGCAGUCUAGUAAACGAACGUUACGAUCCAAUGAAAUCAUGUUACCGGCUAAUGGUCUAUUAGAUACUGGUUUAGAAUUAACAUUUAGUUUACAGUAUCCGCACUUUUUAAAACGAGAUGGAAAUCGUUUGCAGGUUCUACUACAAAGACGGAAACGAUACAAAAAUCGAACGAUGCUUGGUUUUAAAACGCUUGCCGAAGGAUUUAUUCGUAUGGAUCAGGUUCUACAAAAGCAAAUGGAUUUAGAAUUGGAGUUGGUAGCUGAUACUGGAAGCAAAGAAAAGAGUGCAGGGUUACAAACAGUUGCUAAAAUUUCAGUAAUUCAGCUAUCAUCUACACCGGUUGAUCAAGAUCAAAAAUCUACUACUUCUAUUUUGACAGAUCGAGGUUUCAGUGAUGAAGAAGAAGAAGGAGAAUUUACAAGUGGAGAAGACGAGGGUCAAGAUAUGUCCGACAGUGAGCCUAUUAGGAAUAAAUUACCUCAUACUCGCCAUAACUUUAAACAGCGAUUUGUAUCGCUUUUACGACGAUUUCGGCAAGCCGAUACAGAAGGAAGUAGAGCAGCUCUUGGAGCAACUAGUGAUAUUCAAGCUUUAUUUAACGAAUUAGAUUCUUUAAGUUGUGAUGAAGAUUCUGGUGGCGAUCAAGAAGACACUAUGUCAAUAUCGAGUACACCCAAACCAAGUUUACGCCCAUUCUUUAGCAGUAGUAGAAGUCUUUUAGAUUCUCAAGUCACUAAUCAAGAUAAUACCCAAGCAGAUGAUAAAAAUCAAUCUGGAAGCGACGGUAAUCCAGAUUUAUGUUGGACUGAUCAUGAAGCUCAAUCUGAUCCUCAGACUGGUUCUCCACCGAGAGAAAAAGAAAAGGAUAACAUGGAAAGAGACCGGAAGUCGCGAUUAUUCCGUGGCGGUCAUAGUUCAGCAACAAAAAAGAAACAUUCAAUAACUAACACCUUAGAUAAGUCAACUGAUACAACUGCUAAUGCACCUGAUAAUUCUGCGCCAAGAAAAUCGUUUUUAACAUCGUUGUCAAGAGUGUUGCCAUUAGAUGAUAACACUUUACCGGAAUAUAUAGCUUUAGUUGAUUCAAAUGUCCCUAUAAGCUUAAUUCAAAGAUUUGAACAAACACCAUAUUUUAAUAAUAUACGCUUAAUUCAACCCAUAUCUCCUUCAGAAUGUCGCUCAACCAUACAAACAUUAUUAAAUAAAAUUCAUAAAUUUUGUAAUACCUCUGCAAAAACUCCUUCUGUCAUUCGAGUUAUUGUUAUUGGAAGUGAUAUACUCACAUCUGCAUGUUUACGAAAUUAUGUGGAACUUUUAUCUAGUAGAUCACCCGAAUGGCAAAAUUAUUUACGCUUCUAUAUAGUGCCAAUUGGCAAUAACAGUAUUUCGAGACAAUUAUCAAUGUUAGAUUCAGGGUAUGCGGCUUUAUUUCCCGUCGAAGGUGGUGGAUCCGGAGAACGAAGUUCAGAAGAUUUAUUAACUCGAAUACAACGAUAUAUUGUUAGUUCAUCGCCACCCGUAACUUGUUUACCUUUAGCUGAAGCGAUGCUUACUUGCCAUGAUGAGAGUAGCCAAAUAUUUAUACCAUUCGCAGCUGAAGUUCGUAUAGGCUUAACAGAUAGUUCGCAAUCAAUGUCUGUAGAAUUGGAUGAUAAUUUUGGAACCACAGUUACUGGUUCAAAUCAAGGAGGAGGAACAUCUGGUCUUUUAUCAUCAAGUCCUCCAGGACCACCAUUAACUCCACCAUCUAGUCCUAAUGUACAAGUCCGUGAUUUAGUUUGGGAACCGUUAGAAUUACAAUUAGAUUAUUGGCAGGUUAUAAAGAAUACAGACUCGAAUAAAAAUAGACCUGACGGUAAAAAUUCAUUAAAAGGUUCAUUUCGAAGUAUUUUUGUAUGCAGAACACCUGGAUCGACAAAUUUAAGUUUAACUGUUAAUUUUGCAUCCAAAGAGAAAAAACAAAAGAUUAUGCGAUUGGGAAAGAAAAAAGAAAAGGAUAAAGAAAAUGAGGCAAAAAAUCAAACAAUCGAAGGAAUAUCUCGUUUGAUUUGCUCAGCAAAACCAUCUCAUAAUGCCCCAUUAAAAGUAUACAUUGAUGGAUCCGAAUGGACAGGAGUUAAAUUCUUUCAAUUAAGUUCAACUUGGCAAACGCAUGUCAAACAUUUCAGUGCAGCUUUGGUUGGAUCGGUGCCAUGGUCAUCAUUGCCAUCUAACGAUAUGACGUGAAUCAAAUAUAUAUCAUCUGGUAAUAAUAUUAUAAAUACAUAAUCUAAAUCCAAGUAAUCAGACGUUAAAUAAUGUAAUCUAUUUUGAGUUUGAUGAAAAAAAAAAUUGACGUUUAUAUAUUAAUUUACAUAAACAAUAAUAAAGAAAAAUUAUUUAUAAUUAUAAUACUCAAUAUACACACCGAUUAAUAAAAGUCAGAUACACAAACUACUGUAUCCAUAUUUAAUUUUUUGCCAAAAUAUUCCAUUUUGCUUUUUAAAUAUAUUUUAGAAGAAGAGAUGUUUGAAAAGUAUUUGAGACAAACAAUGGAACUGGUUUUUUCAAAGUUGUUUCAACAUGUGACAAUAUUGGCCUCACUUAGUUUAGUGUGACCGAAAUGGAAAAUUCUUAGCAUAAAAUGAACGUUGGAUGUAACUAGUUGUGCAGCUUCUGAUUCUGAGACUUUUAUUAAUAGGAAUAAAUAAUAAUUUUGAUGAGUAAUCAAAUAUUUAUAACAGUUUUUUAUACACAUUUU